GUUGGGCCUUUUUAGCCUACGCUUCGCAAAAACACACAGAAAGAAUAAGAAAAAACAAAAACAAAAAUACGAGUCUUUCUUUGGCGACUGCAAACAAAGUGGAGCCAGAGUUUGACAACAAUGGCUGCUUGCCCGCAACUCAACGCUAAACCCUUCAGCCCCCUUCUCUCUCCGAACCCCGUUUCCACACGCACCCGGAAAUUGGGUAGGAUCAGCUGCUCCGCAGCCUCGCCUUCCAAACGCCACACCAUCACUUUGCUUCCUGGCGAUGGCAUUGGCCCCGAAGUCAUCUCCGUCGCCAGGAACGUUCUCAACCUCGCCGCCUCUAUCGAAGGGAUUGAGUUCAAGUAUCAAGAAGUUCCUGUGGGCGGAGCUGCAUUGGAUUUGACCGGAGUUCCAUUACCGGAAGAGACCCUUUUGGCUGCUAAGCAAUCUGAUGCAGUUCUGCUUGGAGCAAUUGGGGGGUACAAAUGGGACAAAAACGAAAAGCAUUUGAAACCAGAAACUGGGUUACUUAAGCUUCGAGAAGGUCUUAAAGUAUUUGCGAAUUUGAGGCCUGCAACUGUUUUACCGCAGUUGGUGGAUGCUUCAACUUUGAAGAGAGAGGUUGCUGAAGGGGUGGACCUUAUGGUUGUAAGAGAGCUAACUGGAGGUAUAUAUUUUGGAAAGCCAAGGGGUUUUGGCACCAAUGAAAACGGAGAGGAGAUUGGCUUCAAUACGGAGGUGUAUGCCACCUAUGAGAUCGAUCGCAUUGCUCGUGUUGCGUUUGAGACUGCUCGCAAGCGGAAGGGAAAGCUCUGCAGUGUUGAUAAAGCAAAUGUGUUGGAGGCAUCAAUGUUUUGGAGGAAAAGAAUCAUGGCAAUAGCCUUGGAAUAUCCUGACGUUGAACUCUCACACAUGUAUGUUGAUAAUGCUGCAAUGCAGCUUGUUCGUGAUCCAAAACAGUUUGAUACGAUUGUAACAAACAACAUAUUUGGUGAUAUAUUAUCUGAUGAGGCGUCGAUGAUUACUGGAAGUAUUGGGAUGCUUCCAUCUGCUAGCCUUGGGGAAUCAGGUCCUGGACUUUUUGAACCCAUACAUGGUUCUGCUCCUGAUAUUGCUGGACAGGAUAAAGCAAAUCCAUUAGCAACAAUUCUCAGUGCUGCUAUGCUUUUAAAGUACGGUCUAGGGGAAGAAAAUGCUGCCAAGAGAAUUGAGGCUGCAGUUCUAGAUACUUUGAAUAAGGGGUUUCGAACGGGUGACAUUUAUUCGGCAGGAACUAAGUUGGUAGGGUGCAAAGAAAUGGGUGAAGAGGUAUUGAAGUCGGUAGAUUCGCUAGUUCCUUCUCCAAUAUGAAGUGAUGCACGCAUUGAUCAGCACUGACAACAAGGGCUCAAUAUCGUUCAAUGCAUGAUAUCUGGAGUGAAGAUGUCAUUUUGGUCAGUUGAAAGCAAAUCCAAAGAUGUCAUCCAGUAUGAUUUUCUUUUGUUCAUAAUUUGGAGGGCAUCUUGAGGUGAAAUAAGACCAUUUUUGUAACUGUCCCAGAGAUUUUAUUUAAUUUUAACCUUUUGACUUAGAAUUAUGUCCUAGACAUUAUCCUUGUUUAAAAUAUGCAUGUCCAUCAAGGGAUUGUUGUAACUCGGAAACAUUGUUGCCUAGAGUGGAGAUUGAAAGACAUUACAUUUUGAAGCUUGUA